AGGGAGGGGCCGUGGGGCGGUGACGUCGCCGAAAGUCGGGUCGCAGCGCGGCCCCGUGGAGGUCGUGAGCCCUCCCCCCGGGGGCGUGGCGAGGCCGGGCCAUAUAGGCCGGCGCUGGCCGCCGACGGGCGAGCUUGUGGGGUGGCGACAGGUAGGGUAGGACGCGUCGUCCCCGUGUCCUCGCUCGUGGGCCUCCCGGAGGCCGAGCCGCCGCUCCGGUGACUAUCAUGUGGGCACUGGAGAGGCGGGGACCGCCGCCCUUGACCCGGCCUUGGGCGCUGCCCACCCUACUGUUGGCUCUGGCGGCACAGGGGGCGGGGGCGACGGCGACGGCGACGGCGGGCGCGCUCACCUACCCGUGGCGGGACGCGGAGACCCGUGAGUGGCUGGUGUGCGGCCAGUGCCCCCCGGGCACCUUCGUGCAGCGGCCUUGCCGUCGGGAUGCCCCCACGACGUGCGGCGCGUGCCCUCCGCGCCACUACACGCAGUUCUGGAACUACCUGGAGCGCUGCCGCUACUGCAACGUCAUCUGCGGGGAACGCGAGGAGGAGGCGCGGCCCUGCGACGCCACCCACAACCGCGCCUGCCGCUGCCGCCCCGGCUUCUUCGCCCACGCGGGCUUCUGCCUGGAGCACGCGCCUUGCCCGCCCGGCGCGGGCGUGACUGUCCCCGGCACCCCCAGCCAGAACACACAAUGCCAGCCGUGCCCCCCGGGCACCUUCUCGGCCAGCAGCUCGAGCUCGGAACAGUGCCAGCCCCACCGCAACUGCACGGCCCUGGGCCUCGUCCUCAACGUGCCCGGCUCCGCCUCCCACGACGCCCUGUGCACUAGCUGCGCCGGCUUCCCACUCGGCACCCCAGAGCCAGGGGGGCCAGGAGCCGAGGAGUGUGAGCGCGCUGUCAUUGACUUCGUGGCUUUCCAGGACUGGUCCUUCAAGAAGCUUCUGCGGCUGUGGCAGGCGCUCAGGGGCCCAGAAGCACAAGGCCUAGUGCCAUCCAGGGAGGGUCGCAACGGCCUGCAGCCGAAGCUGAGGCAGCAGCUCCUGGAGCUCCGUGAGGCGCAGGCUGGGGCGCUGGCUGUGCGGCUGCUGCGGGCCCUGCGCGAAGCCCGGCUGCCUGGGCUGGAGCGCAGUGUCCGCACACGCUUCUGGGCACGCUGAGCACCCCGCCCGCCCCCUAUUUAUUCUGUUCCCAGGCUGGAGCUCCCACAUGGGCAUCACACCAAAAGUGACUUACUAAAGUAAGCUCAACCGACCGGGGUCCCAUUACAGUAACAAAGUUUAUUUUUUAUAAAGCCGUUAUAAAACGGA